AAAAAAUUUCACCACCCCGAUACGAUUACGUUUUAUCACAAGACGCAUUCAAAUCGUUUAAAAAAUAACCAUUUCAACAAAAAAAAUAUCAAUAUUUCCAAAUUUCUAUUUAAAAAAGUAAGUAAUUCAAAAAACAACAGCGAAAUUAAGCAAGUUUUUAUCAAUUUUCCUUGUGUUUCCAAAAAACAAAAAAAUUAUAUAUACAUACCAACCACCUAUAAACUGCGACGCAAAAUAAUCGCACAAAAAAAAAAAAAUGGCCGCUUAUAAGAAGACUUGUGAAAUCAGCAAACGUUUAAGCGAAAACUUAUCUUCAUCAUCCAGCAGCGAAAGUGAUUCCGAUUCUGAUUAUGAUGGUAUCCUUAGCAGUUCAGCAAGUCAAUAUUCCAAUUCGACUGGUUCAAAGUCGACAACUACAACAACAGUCCAACGUUUACCAACCCGACGACCCGAUCCAAACGUUUCCAAUCGCAAUGCCCUGUUGGCACGCGAAAAUCGACGCAAAAAAAAAGAAUACCUCGAAACACUUGAAAAAGAACUUGAUUCAAUGAAACAUGCAAACAAAAAGUUACACAAAACUUUAAAGAAACAUGUUAAAUUGGUUAAAAAGUUGGAACAUGAAAAACAAUAUUACAAAGGAUUGGUUUCCAAUCAAACUGGGAUUUUAGAUUUGGUCUCGGUUUUGCAUGGCAAAGUACCACCUCAAAUGGGUGCUUAUUCACCCAAACAAUCUUCUUGCUCGCCCACAGACUCAAAUCGAUCAUCGUCGAGUAAUUUUGACGAUCAACCAUUUGUAUACGACUUCAACGAUGACAACGGUACUAAUCUGCUUGUGGAUGCUCCAAUUCUAUCAGAGAGUUUCAUCAAUGAUUUCAAUUUCUUCACAGAUUCCGAUUAUUCACCUUAUGGAGGCGCUGCUGACACUACAACAAAUUGGGACCAAUUGCUUGGUCUAAAUGAUGAUCCACUGCCAGAUGAGGCAGCAGGCUUCUUUCCAAUGUCCCGCGAUGUAGUUUGUGGUGAACACAAUUACUACCAAAGUCCACCAGACAGCGGCGUCUGUUUGCAUUCUGUUGAAGGAACAGUUUCCCUAGAAAACUGUUUAAACUGCGAAAAGCGUCCCCUGCAACAACUUCCCGAGCAAUUACUUGUGGUGGACUAAACUAACAGCAGCAGUUCUUAAGUGGGGACUGCUUUUGAGUGUACUAUUCCUGAGAAGCUGGAUGCGAUGAGACUAACUCCGUCUCGAAAAAAGUAAAAUUUCUAGCUAAAAAGAGCGCUUGAUCGGCGAGAUGUAGAGGCUUUGAGUGAUUUCCAAAAACAUCUUUUUUUGUAACAUCAAAAUGUAUCGUUCCAAACAAAGAAAGGGAAUUACAUUGCUGAGAAGGGAUUGUUGCUGUUGUCCAGCUGAAGAGAAAGAACUAAGUACUAACUAUUACAAAAAAU